CCUCCCCACUCCAUAUUAGCAGCGGCAGCGUUAUGUGUCGUGUUCACCCCAGACGGACAGAUCUCUGCCUUGAGCUCGGCUCUACCCCUACUUUUACAACAACACAAGACCUUAACCAUGGGACUCCAAGCAUCUCCCGGCCACUCUGAGCAUCGCGCCCCAAAUAAAGCGCUUUUCACUUGAGACGGAAACACAAGACUUGUUUUUUGGGACUGACUCACCUCCCCUUCCCCACAGAGUUUGAUUCAAAAGAGUUCACAACCAAGAUGGCCGCCGAUUCCAUGCAGGGUCACAUGGUUUCGGAGCGGCUGGGCCUGGGGCACAACCUUGACCUGUCUGAUACCAUGGUGCAGCAGAAGCUGGACGAAAUCAAGGAGCAGAUCAAGAGGGAGAUCCGCAAAGAGCUGAAAAUCAAAGAGGGCGUGGAGAACCUAAGAAAGGUCACCACGGAAAAAAAGAGACUGGCUUAUGUUGAUAAUAUGCUCAAAAAGUCCAACAAGAAGUUAGAAGAGCUGCAUCAAGAGCUGCAGGAACUCAACGCACACAUCGUGGUAAAGGAUCCAGAGGAUCUUCUUUUAGAAUGCCAGCUUACGUUGGACAGCCCUAAAAGUGAAGCUCGAACAUGCACUAGCAGCAGCAGACUAGCUGCCUUGAAAAAACAGAAUGACAUCGAAUUGAAGGUGAAGCAGGGGGCCGAGAACAUGAUCCAGAUGUAUUCAAACAGCUCCACUAAGGACAGAAAACUUCUUGCAACAGCACAGCAGAUGCUUCAAGACAGCAAAACCAAGAUCGAGUUUAUCAGAAUGCAGAUCCUGAAAGCCAGCCAAACCAGCGAGCUCAGCUUUGACAACAAGGAUGUUAUUGCCAAGCCCAUCAUCAGUCCACUGGACCUGCGGGUGGAGGAGCUCUGCCAUCACACACGGAUAGAGUAUGCCGUGGCGGAGGGAGCCAAAAAUGUCAUGAAGCUGCUAGGGUCCGGCAAACUGGCUGAGAAGAGAGCUCACUCUGAGGCUCAAGCCAGAUUCAAUGAAUCCAGUCAGAAGUUGGAUCUGUUGAAGUAUUCCCUGGAGCAAAGACUCAACGAGCUUCCUAAGAACCACCCUAAGAGCAGUCUGAUCAUGGAGGAGUUAUCUCUCAUGUCAUCUCCUGCCCUCAGUCCCCGACAGAGUUUUGUAUCCAUUCAGAACCAGCACAGCACUGUGAAGAACCAGUACAGCACCAAGCCAGCUGCACUCACAGGCAAGCUAGAGGUUCGACUCAUGGGAUGUCAGGACCUGUUAGAAAAUGUUCCCGGUCGGUCCAAAGCAACGUCGGUGCCACUGCCAGGCUGGAGUCCCAGUGAAACACGCUCAUCGUUCAUGAGUCGUGGGAACCGCAGCAGGGGAACCAGCGUUCGAAAUCUCUCCAAGAACGACGACUUGUCCAAUGAGAUUAGUGCUGUUCUGAAGCUCGACAACACAGUUGUUGGACAGACCACUUGGAAACCUGUCAGUAACCAGUCGUGGGAUCAGAAGCUUACAUUAGAGCUUGACAGGUCACGGGAGCUGGAGAUCUCAGUGUAUUGGAGAGAUUGGCGCUCUCUUUGUGCAGUGAAGUUUCUCAGACUGGAGGACUUCCUGGACAACCAGCGCCAUGGAAUGUGCCUUUACCUUGAGCCACAAGGGACUCUGUUUGCAGAGGUGACCUUUUUCAAUCCUGUCAUUGAGCGGAGAACCAAACUCCAGAGACAGAAGAAGAUUUUUUCAAAGCAACAAGGGAGAUCAUUUCUGCGGGCUCCUCAGAUGAGCAUUGGAACCUGGGGCCGACUAGUGAGGAGGGCCAUCCCCUCUCCAAACAACUCAUUUAGUCCUCACGUAGCAGAGUUGGUGGCUGAGACUGGACACAGCAGUUAUCCAGGAACCCCUGCUUUGAGGAGUGACCCAAUAGUGACAAAACUGGAUUUUGGCAUAGACACUACACCAAAGCAUUACUCCACUGCUAAUAUUAGAGAAGCACUGCCCGAAGACAAGAUCCCUGGCAAAGACAGAGAACAGGAUAUCUUGACUACAUUUGACUAUAGAAAUGAACGGAACAGCAUCAUUGUCCAGUCUAACCUAGAAGAAGUUGUUGAGCAUGAGACCCAGCCACUAAUAUCUGUUCAAAACAAAACCGACAUAAGGGAUGAUGAAGAGGAUGAAGAACAAUUUAAUUUCAGUCUGAAAGACUUUAAAUGUGUUGCAGUGUUAGGCCGGGGACAUUUUGGAAAGGUAUUACUUGCGGAAUACAGUAUCACAGGUGAAAUGUUUGCCAUCAAAGCUCUUAAAAAGGGAGAUAUCGUGGCUCGUGAUGAGGUCGAAAGCUUGAUGUGUGAGAAGAGGAUAUUUGAAACCGUGAACAGCGUUCGUCACCCAUUCCUGGUUAAUCUUUUCGCAUGUUUCCAAACCAAGGAGCAUGUGUGUUUUGUAAUGGAGUAUGCAGCAGGAGGAGAUCUGAUGAUGCACAUUCACGCAGAUGUGUUUUCAGAGCCACGGGCAACGUUUUACGCAGCGUGUGUUGUUUUGGGAUUACAGUUUUUACAUGAGCACAAGAUUGUAUACAGAGAUCUAAAGUUGGAUAACUUGCUCCUUGACACAGAGGGAUUUGUCAAGAUUGCUGAUUUUGGUCUUUGCAAAGAAGGAAUGGGUUACCAGGACAGAACAAGCACUUUCUGUGGAACUCCAGAGUUUUUGGCUCCAGAGGUUUUAACUGAAACGUCGUACACACGUGCGGUGGACUGGUGGGGGCUUGGUGUGCUCAUCUUUGAGAUGCUUGUUGGGGAGUCUCCAUUUCCCGGUGAUGAUGAGGAAGAGGUGUUUGACAGUAUUGUGAAUGAUGAGGUUCGCUACCCAAGAUUCCUCUCAACAGAGGCCAUUUCUGUUAUGAGAAGGCUGUUAAGGAGGAAUCCAGAGCGACGGCUUGGUGCUGGUGAACGUGAUGCAGAAGACGUGAAGAAACAUCUAUUCUUCCGAAAUAUGGACUGGGAUGGACUUUUAGCAAAGAAAGUGAAGCCACCUUUCGUACCUACAAUUCAAAGUUCCAGCGAUGUUAGUAACUUUGACGAUGAAUUUACCUCAGAGGCUCCAGUGCUGACACCUCCCAGAGAACCACGGCACUUAAACCAACAGGAGCAGGACUUGUUUGCGGACUUUGACUAUAUUGCAGACUGGUGUUAGCAACACCCCCUUCAUUCUUUACAGACAAAUGCAAAAAAAAAUGUGAAUUAGACAACUUUAGCCACUUGCAAAUGUCAUACCCUGUUAGUUUAGGAUCCCAUUUGCAUUUUAAGUCAAUGAAGAGACUUCUAUUUAAAAAGAACAAUUAUCUAUGAUUACCAUCUCCUUCACAUAUGGGCUAAUUUAUCAGAAAAUAUUACUGAUAGUUAUAGACGGCACUGAUAAUGAAAAAUGUCAAUGUCAAGAGGUUUUCAACUACGCUGGACUGUCAUACUGUACAGAGCUCAUUGAAUUGUUGAGCCAUGUGUUCAAGUACCUCUGCUUUCAAACGCCCCCUAGUGUUCUGGAUGUUACGUCCCCAUUAGUCUCAGAAUUUCUAGCUCAAAGAUUUUCAUUAGGUGUGCUUCAAGCAAGACCAUUGAUUUUUAUGCUUGUGUAUUUUAAGUAUUUACAAUUUGACUGGUUAAAACGAGUCUGUCAGAUGUUGAUGUUAAUUAUUUGUAAAGUAUUUUAAAGCCAUAGACUGAUGAAAGGUACCCAUCAUCAAAUAUUUGUACCUCAUCAAAUUGAAUGUAAAAUGCACCAUCACUACCAAAACAGACAUAACCUCUAAAUAGUUUUAUGCAAAUGAGUCUUUUCCCCACUUGUAUAGUAUUAAUCCAAAUGACUCUUUAUGGUCAAGCUGCAGUGAAAACUACAAUUUUUAAAUAGUUGUAUGAUUAUUGCACAGUGAUGAAGAAGCAUGUUUUAGUUACGAGACUUAGAAGGGACAGUUCACCCAGAAAUCACAUUUACUUUGUAAUUCACUGUAAUUUCCAAACCGGUAUGACUCGUGAAGAUAUUUUGGUUUCACUGACUUCCAUAGUAUGGACACAAAACCACUGACAUUUCUCAAAGUAUCUUCUUUUGUGUCAUAUACAGGUGAGUGACGUGUGAAAAAAGGCCCCGUCUACAUAAACACUUAUAUUUAAAAAGAAACUCUGCCUUUUCUAUGUGGUUCGGCCAUUCGUCCACAAGCAAAAGCAGUAUUAGGUCACGAAAACGUAACCUUCUUCAUAACUACUUGCCCUGGGUGAGAAUUAGUUAAAAAAUAUAACACUGAAUUCGGAAUUGCUUCUGGACCAGUGUUUACAUAUGAAGUGGUCUAUAAAUAUAGCCAUGUAUGUGUGUGUGGAACUGUCCCUUUAAGCUUUUUUUGUGACAGGCAAUCAUGUUACCUCAUUAGUUGAUUUAGGGCUAUUUGUGGCUGACAACCAGUGGAAAAAGGCAUAAACGACUGGAUCAUUGCAAAACACCAAAUAUUAAAAUGAAAUACUAACAACUAGA